AUGGCCGAACAGCGGAAGAAGGACAUCGAGAAGAGCAAUGCCGACAUCAAAGUGGCUAAGCAGGCAGCAAAGAAGGAAAAGGCUGCAAAAAAGCCGGCUGCCACAACUGAUGACGACGAUUUAGACGCGCUAUUGUCGGAAUUCACAAAGGAGGAGGGCAUUUGCAGCUUCGCCAACUGCAAGGAGAAGACGAACACCCUGAUGGACACGCUCUCCAAGUGCAAGUUCUGCAGCAGCCGCUUCUGCCUCAAGCAUGCCCAGGCGGAGGUGCAUGGCUGCGGAGAUCAGGCACAGCGCAUGGAGCAGAAGAAGUGGAAGGAGGCGGGUUCGCGCGGCAGCGGGUUGGUGAACCGGUCAGCUGGCAAGGAUGGACGAGGCGCACUCGCGAACAAACUGCAAGAGAAGGUCAAGGAGCAAGAGGCCAGCAGGACAGCCAAGAAGAAGGAGAAGAAGUGA